AAAGUAAAGGAUAUUUACUAUAUUUUAUAUUUUCCACUUCAGGUUGGAGCCACAAAUAGCUUCAAGAAUGGAAAAAUGCACAAUGUUUUUGAAGCAAAUGUCACAGUUCAUUUUAGAUGAAAUCCCACAAGCUAAGUAUUCCAGCUUAUUCAAUGAUUUUGUUGAAUCUGAAUUUUUUCUGGUGGAUGGAGAUUCAUUACUUAUCACAUACAUAUGUGAGCAAUCAUUAAAACAAGGACAGGAGCUCCACUUCAUCUUUCUGGUUGAACUUUAUCUUGUGGAUCUUAUUAGUAAAGGAGGACAGUUUGCCAUUGUUUUCUUUAAGGAUGCUGAGUAUGCAUAUUUCAACUUCCCUGACCUCCUUACUUUGAGGACUGCUCUAAUUCUUCAUCUUCAGCAUAAUACUACUAUUGAUGUUCGAACAGACUUUUCUGGAUGCUUAUCACAACAGUGGAAAAAUUUCCUGGAGGAGAGUAGCCCAUACUUUAUCAUAGUUACAGAUGAAGGCCUGGAUCAUCUACAAACACAUUUUUUCAACUUUUUAAUCCUUCACUCUUUGGAAAUGAAGGUCAAUGUUGUUCUUUCCUUGGGACAAGAAUCUGAUAUGCUUCGACUUUAUGCGUAUAUGAUGCCAUGCAACCAGAGAAACCAAAAAUUUUUCAUGAAGAACAAAAAUAAAAUCAAAGAUGUGUAUAAAACUCUGAUAAGACAAUUGGAGAACCAUAGUGUCUCUGCAUUAACAGAGCUUUUUGGAAAUUUAGGAUGGGAAAAUAUGAUGGAUGAGGCAUAUGGAACUAUGUCUUUACUUAAGCAGCUCUGGCCAGAAGGAUCUGACAUUCGACGUGUUCUUUGUGUAACAACAUGCUCAUGGUCUUUGAAAAUGUACAAUUGCUUUUUAGAAAACAGAAAGGGGAACACUAAUAGUAAACAGAUGGAAAACAACUAUGCAACCCUACAAGAGAUGGAGGAUUUUUGUAAAAUGUAUUGUCUCAGUGUGGUUCUUCUACUCCACUUACCUCUUUCUCAAAGAGCUUGUACUAGGGUCAUCACUUCCCAAUGGAAUAAAAAUAUUCAGACUUUCUUAAAUAUGAAAAACUGGUGUGACCAUUUCAUCCUAGAUAAUAUAAAUAAAUUCAAUAUUUGGAAUCUGAAUUUAGCUCACCUUUCUGACUUAAGUGAUGACCUUUUGUUGAAGAAUAUUGCUUUUUACUAUGAAACUGAAAAUGUUCAAGGUCUGCACCUGAAUUUGGGACAUGCCAUUACGGAAGAUUAUGAAUAUCUCUGGAAUACUGUAGCAAAGUUGGUCCAGUUAGAUAGACUGAAGUUUGAUGUUGGAAUGCCAUUUCCUUUAAGAAAAACAAAACUUCAGUUCCUCAGAAAGAUUCCAUCACCAAUUAAAGAUAGUUCCAAGGUAAAAAUAAAUAAUUUGGGUUUUAUCCCAAUGACAUCUAAAGUGAUCGGCAUGUUUGUUGGAGACAUCUUGAAAGAAUUUCCUUUUCUAAAGAGUGAUGAUCCCACUGUAAAGUCACUGGUUAAACAAAAGGAAUUUGAUGAACUUGUACACUGGCAUUCUCACAGACCCCUUAGUGACGAUUAUGAUAGGACAAAGAGUAAUUUCGAAGAUAGAUAUAAAGAUUCCAAAUCUUUUAAAUCCUACCAACAGUUUCUUACUUAUCAGAGAUUUUACGGUAAUUCAUUAGAAUCAGUUCCUUCAAAACUCAUUAUAACUCAAGAUGGCAAGACAAAGAAGAAUUUAAGUGAAUCUAAGAGCAAGAAAACACAUGCAACUAAAGCUGAAAUGAUUGCUAGAGAAAAUAAAAAGAGAUUACUUGCCAAGGAAAAACAAAAAGAGGAUCAAAAAUGGAGUGUUAUGUCCCAUUCUAUUGAAAAACAGAUGAAAGAGAAUUUAAUCUCUGGAAUAAAAAGUCUAGAAGAUUUCAUGAAGUCAUGUAAAAGUAACUCACUGAAACUUAACGUUGAAAUGGUAGGAUUAACUGCCUGCUUGAAAGCAUGGAAAGAAGAUCGUCAAGAUGAAGAUAAAACCACAAAGGAUUUUAAUAUAGCCAUUCAAAUGAUGAGAAGGAUCCAUUCAUUGAUGGAAAGGUACCCAGAACUUUUGCAAGAGUCAGAUCGACACCUCAUAGCCAAGUGUCUUACUUAUUUAGGAUUUGAUGAAUUGGCGUGUUCUUUAUAUCCAACAAAGGUUGAAAGAGACAAUUUAAAAGAAAAAGGAAAGAAUAAAUACUCAGUUGGCAUUGGGCCAGCUAGAUUUCAACUACAAUACAUGGGUCAUUAUUUGUUUCGAGAUGAGAGAACAGACCAAGACCCUAGAGUUCCAGAUUUUAUUCCUGAUACAUGGCAGCGAGAGCUCCUUGAUGUGGUGGAUAAUAACGAGUCAGCAGUGAUUGUUGCUCCAACAUCUUCAGGAAAAACAUUUGCUUCUUACUACUGCAUGGAGAAAGUGUUGAAGGAAAGUGAUGAUGGGGUGGUUGUGUAUGUUGCACCAACGAAGGCUCUUGUUAAUCAAGUGUCAGCAACUGUUCACCAUCGUUUUACUAAAAACCUGCCAAGUGGUAUAACUGUGUGCGGUGUUUUUACAAGGGAUUAUCGUACUGAUGCUCUAAACUGCCAGGUACUUGUCACAGUGCCAGCUUGUCUUGAAAUUCUGCUUCUAGCUCCUCAUCGCCAAGCAUGGACUAAAAGAAUCAGAUAUGUUAUAUUUGAUGAGGUCCAUUGUCUUGGUGGGGAAAUUGGAGCAGAAGUCUGGGAGCACAUCCUUGUCAUGAUCCGAUGUCCUUUUCUGGCUCUUUCAGCUACUAUAAGCAACCCCCAGCAUCUGACUGAAUGGCUACAAUCAGUGAAAUGGUACUGGAAAGAAAUAGACAGCAAACUAGGAAAAAAUAAUCCAAAAAAGAAGCCUGGAUCUCAUGGAAGUUCUCACAAAGAUUAUUCACAAAUAAAACAGUCAUAUAAAGUGAGACUUGUGCUUUAUGGAGAGAGAUACAAUGAUUUAGAGAAGCAUAUAUGUUCAAUAAGAGGUGAUGAUGUUUGUUUUGAUCAUUUUCACCCAUGUGCUGCAUUAACAACAGAUUAUAUUAAAAGAUAUGGAUUCCCUUCUGAUCUUGCUCUUUCACCUGGAGAAACCAUCCAGCUGUAUGAUACUAUGUUUCAAUCUUGGAAAAGUUGGCCUAGGGCCCAGGAAUUGUCUCCAGAGAAUUUUAUACAUUUGAAGAAUAAAAUAGUCAUUAAAAAGCUGGAUGUGAGAGAAUAUGAAAACAGUCUAAAGAAAGAAUUUGAAAAUUGGAUUAAAAAUGACAAUGUAAUGCAGGCUAAAAUGGUCCUGACAAAACUUAAGCCUCCUUUAGUUGCUAGUUCGAGAAAUAUGAUGGACAUGUUUCCUCUUCUUGUUGAAAAGUUAAGGCAUAUGGAGAAAUUACCUGCACUGGUAUUUAUAUUCAACUUAGGGGAUGUAGAACAAAGUGCUACAGAUAUGAGUGACUAUCUUGAGAAGAAACAAGAAAGACAAAGAUCUCACACAGCUGAUAAAGAAGCCCAUGCCAUGGCUAACAAACUUCGGAAAGUCAAAAAAUCCUUGGAGAAACAAAAGGCAUUAGAAAAAGGCCAGAAAAAAUCCAGAAAAAAUGAACAAAGUUUAAUACUUGAAGCUGAGCAUGAGGAUCUACGCAAGUUUCUAGACAAGAACCUGGAAAUCCCUCAGGACUGCACAUAUGCUGAUCCAAAAGUGAUGGACAUUGAGUCUCUGCAGAUGGUGUUCAGUCGCCUUAAGUUCUCAAGAAGAGGUGAAGAACUAAAGGCUUUGGCAAGAAGGGGGAUUGGAUAUCACCACAGAGUUCUGAAUCAAAAAGAAAAACAAUUUGUUGAGGUUCUCUUUAGGAAAGGAUUUAUUAAGGUCGUGACAGCCACUGGUACACUUGCUUUAGGGGUCAAUAUGCCUUGCAGAUCUGUGGUUUUUGCUCAAAACUCAAUUUAUCUGGAUGCUUUAAAUUACAGACAGAUGUCUGGACGUGCUGGAAGAAGGGGUCAAGAUUUGACAGGAGAUGUAUUUUUCUUUGAUAUUCCAUUACCCAAAGUAGAAAAACUUAUAAAAUCUAAAGUUCCUAAACUGAGAGGCCAGUUUCCUCUCAGCGUGAGCUUGGUAUUGCGACUCAUGUUGUUGACUUCCAAAGGAGAUGACCCAGAGGAUGCAGAGGCAAAGGUGCUGUCAGUGCUUAAGCAUUCACUGAUGUCCUUCAAACAACCCAGAGCCCAGGACAUGUUAAAGCUUUAUUUCUUGUUUACUCUGCAGCUACUGGUGAAAGAGGGCUAUUUGGAUCAAGAAGGUAAUCCAACUGGAUUUGCUGGACUUGUCUCACAUUUGCAUUAUCAUGAACCUUCUAAUCUAGUCUUUGUCAGUUUUCUUGUAAAAGGGCUUUUCCAUGAUCUCUGUCAGCCAACCAGGAAAGGCUCAAAAUCUUUUUCUCAAGAUGUUAUGGAAAAGCUUAUGUUAGUACUGGCACAUCUUUUUGGAAGAAGAUAUCUUCCGGCAAGGCUCCAAGACACUAAACCCAAAUUCUACCAAUCAAAGGUGUUUCUGGAGGAUCUCCCUGAGAAUUUCAAUGCUGCUUUAAAAGAGCACAACAAAAACAUUAAAAAGGAUUUUUCCUUCUUCCUACAAAUUGUUUCCAGAUUAGCUGAUAUGAAAAAGGAAUAUCAACUUCCAUUGUCAAAAAUAGAUUUCACAGGAAAAGAAAGUGAUAAGUCUCAAUUUGUAUCUCACUUGAUGAACUGCAAGGAAGGGAAAGUUGCCAUUUCUCCAUUUGCUUGUCUUUCGGGGAACUUUGAUGAUGAUUUGCUUAAAUUCCAAAAUCCAAGUUGUGUCGUUCUUCAUACAGUCAGUAUCCAUCACUAUCAAGCUCCUAUACUAAAUUCACAGAAAUUUGAUAACCAAGGAAGAAGAAUGCCACUUAAUGCUUAUGCACUAGAUUUCUACAAACAUGGUUCCUUGACAGGAUUAUCCCAGGACAACAGGAUGAAUAAAGGAGAAGCUUAUGAAUUGCUGAAAGAUUUUGCCCUAACCCUUAAAAGUAUCAGUGUCUCCUUACGAGAACUAUGUGAAAAUGAAGAUGAUAAUGUUGUCUUAGCAUUUGAACAACUGAGCAAAACCUUUAUGGAUAAAUUUAAUGUCAUCUAAAAACAAAGUUCAUCCAAACUAUUUAAAAUAUUUCCAUGUUGUGCUAUUUUGUAUUUUCCCCUUUUUGUGAGACACACACACACACACACACACACACACACACACACACGCACACACACACGAUAAAGUAGAAAAACAAGCCCUUUGGAGCCAAAGUUAUAACCAAACCUGCCUUGUUCUCUGUGAUUUCUUAAAGAUGAACUAUUUAAUAUUUCAAAAUUUUGCUUUCUAUAUAGAAAUAUAAAAUGCCGUAUAUAUGAUGAUACAUCUAUAUAAAAUGCUUAUAUCUCACCUAGUUUGCAGAUUUAAAAAAAUCAAGUUUUUUAUGACUGAAGAAUAAUUUCUUCUCCAUGGGGUUUAAAAGAAUUCUAUCUUCUUGGCAUUUUUUUCUCAAUGAAAUCAUUUUUGAAGAGUCAAUAAAAUGGCUACAAUAAAUGUACAUUAAAUAUUGUUAUCCUGAAAUUGAAAUCUUGUAUCUCUUAAGAAUGUAAAUAUAAUGACUUAACUUAGAUAUAUGGAUAUUAUAAAUAUGACUCCUAGUAAAUAUUUACUACUUAAAAUGUAAAUUAUUUUGAUAUAAAUUUUGUAAUGCUUUAUGAAAUAAAACAUAGCUGAUGAUUUGGUUUGUAGUUUUAUCUGACUGGAAAACCAUAAAAAAUAAAGUCAAUAUAUGUAC